AUGGUCAUCAAAGGAGCGCCUGAAUGGCGCAAACUACCCUCUUUCCGUUGGCGCAAGAUCAAUGGUGAAUGGACAAGCACUUUGCAUGGGCGCAUCCUGUCUCUAAGGCAGGAUCAUCUCCAUCUGCACUAUAGAGUGACUUGGCCAGACCCUCCCCCAUGGCCCCUAACCCCCUCGGCCUUGAAUGCUGAAGUCCAGAGGGGAGACGACACGGAGGAUCUCCUGCGUCGCUACUUUAGCCUGGAUCUGGACCUUGGUGCCUUGUACGAGCAGUGGUCAAGGGCGGAUCCCAACUUUGGCAGAAGAGCACCGGGCUUUACCGGCGUGCGUAUUCUUAGCCAGGACGCAUGGGAAGCGCUUCUAUGCUUCAUCUGCAGUAGCAACAACAAUAUAAGCCGCAUAUCCCAAAUGGCUCACAAACUGUGCAAACACUACGGCCCUCUUAUCGGCCAUGUUGGAGACGAAGCCCUCCACGAUUUCCCGACUCCCGACUCACUGAUUGGAAAGGAAGUCGAGUCGCAUUUGAGGGAGCUUGGCUUCGGAUAUCGGGCCAAGUACAUUGCCCAGACAGCCCGGGUCGUGGCUCUGGAGAAGCCAGCACUGUGGCUGGAGUCGCUGCGAAACCCCGAACACCGGGGUCCAAGGGACUACGAGGUGCCAGAGGGCCCCAGAGCAACCUACAAAGAAGCGCACGAGGCGCUUCUGUCUCUGGCGGGUGUUGGGCCCAAGGUGGCAGAUUGCAUUGCCCAGAGGGACUACAAGUUUGGCAAGUCAAAAACAAAGACUUUCAACAAGGCCUUGUAUGAUGCGAUUGGGGAUCACUUCCGGGAUAUUUGGGGCAAGUAUGCGGGCUGGGCACAUUCCGUCCUCUUUGCAGCCGAUCUUCGAGAAUUUUCGAAUCGCACUAGGAAGACCGUGGUCAAGGCGGAGGUCAAGACGGAGGUCAAAGUUGAAGAGACAGAGGACGGGACGGCUCUGGACGUUGAUAGAGCUGUCAAGCGGAGACGGACACGGCAGAGGGUCUGA